UGCGAUUGUCAGUAGAUGAUAGUAGUACAGCAGUUCUAUUCCGAUUUGAACGGACAUUUUUUGAGAAUUUGCGCAUCUCGAAAUAAUCAAAGGACCAACAUGAAGCUGCUCUGGGCCCUUCUACUCGCUUUUGUGUUCAUUGCAUGUGCUGAGAGCGAAGCCCAAGGACAAGGACAGGGGCAAAUUGGCGCUCGCGGUGGCUGGGGAGGAAGAGGGGGCAGGUGGGGAGGAUAUGGGGGGUACGGAGGAUAUGGUGGAUACGGAGGAUACGGCGGAUAUGGCUAUCCAGGAUACGGCGGUUAUGGACGCGGCUACGGUGGAUAUGGAGGCUACGGUGGCUACCCCGGUUAUGGAGGAUAUGGAGGAAACUAUGGACGUUACUACGGUUAAAGAGCUGGAAUGUCGAUCACUGUCUCUCCCUCUGUCUUCACAAGGCCCACGUGGAUCCACAAGUUAACAAUUGAUUAAUAUCUAUCCUAAAUUUGAGAAAAGUAUUUUUAACAAAUUUUCUAAUUAUUGUAAUUCUAUCAUUUUUACCGUCUUCCGUACCAUGAAAGUGGAAUAAAAUAGUUGAGAUAACAGUAACAA